UCUUCUUUGGUACAGUUCAUCAUCGGGGGUCUGUGAACAGCGGGUGCUGUGUGGUGAACAGAUUGGAAAGCUCCAUGAGGCAAAUCUGUGAUAUUGGGCUGUACAAAUAAAUUCGCCUUGACUUAAAACCUGCUGCGUAGUUUGGAUGGUAUCUAGGUGCAGGUUGUAUUCCAGGGAAAAAUUCUUUCAGCAAUUUCAACAAGUUGUUCUCUGAGCCCCCCCGCCUGCCAUUGCUAAUCUUAAUUGUUUUUUUCGGAGGGGGGUGGAAAGGAUAAGGACUGUGACGCCUGAUGACAUCACCUCAGUCACACACGCAGUUCGAGAGCCGCGCGCUCACACGCAGGAAAUAGUUGUUGGAGCAGAGAGAGAGAGAGAGAAAGAGAAAGAAAGCCGCAGUUCUUCACAUCCUGAACACCGGCGGAGAGGAACUAUUCACCUGUGCGCUGCCAGGACGAAUUCACAAGGAUUUCCAUUCAUUUUUAGCCCAUUUUGCUUUAAAGACGAACGAGGGACACUUCAAACAAGAAUCUCUGUCGGACUCUUGACCUGUCCUGUAACCAAACAAGUUCUGAUUCUUUGAGUGAGAUUUUACUCCGAAGUUGACCUUUAUUUGAAGUUUUUUUUUCUUCUCAAAGCCCUAUUUAUUUCGGCGAGCCUUCGUUCCUGGGGUUUUAGCGGACCGUAAUCAACCAUGGCGAGACAUGACUCCCGAAUCUGGCCUGAAUGCACAAAAAUGAUAGGACUGCUCUGCUUGGUUUCGUCGAUACUUCUACACCACGGAGCUUCAGGUCAGCGUGUAAAAGUAGACCAAGAGGUGACAUCGUAUCCUGGCCAGACAGUCAACCUGCGCUGUGCCUUCGCUGAUCCCACUGGGGUACAGCUUUCAAUGGUCACAUGGAUGUACGUGCCAGAGCCAACCCAAGACCCAGUCAACAUAGCUGUGUUUCUCCCCGGGAAUGAGCCCAGCUAUCCUAACUCACCUGUGAAAGGCAGAGUCAGCUUCGUGCCCAGUCCUCCAAAGGUGGACAGCCCUUCUAUCCAGAUUACUGAUGUUAGGAUGACUGAUGAGGGGAAGUAUGCCUGCGAAUUUGCUACCUACCCUGGCGGAAAUGUCCGUGGCACCACCCAGCUGGUCAUGCUAGCUAAACCCGAGAACUCGGCCUCCCCUGUAACAGUGGUUGCUGGCGCUAAGCCAAUCACUGUGGCAAGCUGUAAGUCAGCAAAUGGCCAACCCGCUGCCGAGAUCUCCUGGGUGACUACAGCCAAUGGCAAUUACACAACGAAGCAGCAGCCGGGGACUGACAACACGUUGACGGUGAUCAGCGAGUACAUCAUGGUCCCAAUGCCAAACGACAACGGGAAAGAAAUUACCUGUGUCGUAUCACACAGGACCCUGGUCAAACCAGAGAGCUUCAAGAUGAAUUUAGCAGUUCAGUUUGCUCCCCAGGUAACCAUAGAAGGUUAUGACAACAACUGGUACAUCGGCCGCACAAAUGUGGCGCUCACCUGCAAGGCUAAUGCAAACCCCCCUCCAACCACUAUCCAGUGGAAGUCGACGACAGGAGAGUUUCCACCUGCAGUGCAGGUCAGUGAAAAUGUGCUCAAGGUACAGAAUGUGGACGAGUCUGUCAACACCACUUUUUUCUGUGAGGUCAACAACCAAAUCGGGACGACCAAAGAACAGUUUGGGAUCCUGGUCAGAGAGCCCCCAAAGAACCCAUCCAAUGCUGGCGUGGUGGCGGGAGCUGUGAUUGGCUCCCUGCUGGCCCUCCUUUUGGUUGCCGCUCUCAUCGCCGUGCUCGUCACCCGUAGGCGCAGGCAGCAGCAGGGUUACCGCGCCAAUGGCGGCAGUGACAUGAAGACGCGCAUAUUCGGGGGCGGCAAGAAAGCGAGCAAGAACGGCACAAAUGGAGGUGCGGGAAACGGCGGCGGCAACAACAACGGCCCCAUCUACGUUUACAGCGAGAGCUCCCCCAUUCAGGCCCUUGGAGAGAAAAACAACCACCAGCUGAUUACCAUGGGAGGCCACCCUGAAGUGGUUAGCACCACACCCACUGCCCAAGACAUCCUGCUAAGCAACGAGUUGGACGACGCGGAGAAGAGGAAGUUUGACGAGCUUGACGAAGCAGAGAACUAUGAUCACUACAAUCCUGGUGGCCCCAUCCAUUUGCCUCGCUCAAUUCGCGAUCAGGAGAUGAUUGGAGAAUACGAUGAUGACAUGGAGUCCCAGCGUGAUGGCUCGGUCAUCUCACGGACUGCAGUUUACGUAUAGAGGAGGAGGAAUUGGAGGAAGGGGAGGAGGAGGAGGCAAAAAGGCGAGCUGGAGAAUUCCUCCUGAGGAUUUUGUGGCGGUGGGGUCUUGUCCCUGUUUGAUGGUGAAAAGAAAAUCAUACCACUUUUAUUUUUGAAAAACAAAAAAAAUCCAUUUUAACUAUAGUCUAUCAUUAAUCACAGUGGACAGAAUGAAAAAGAGGGUGUGGUGGGAUGUUGUAAAAGGAUUGUUGUUGUUGUUGUUGUUAUGUGGUCCCUAAGAACUAAAAAUCAAACGGAGAAAAGAACAACAUGCCUCCCACCGCUUCUGCUCGUGCUCUCGCUAUCACUGGGACCUUGCCUAUUGACUGACAGACAGGCUAAAGAGAAACAAUGUAAUGUGGGAGUAGGUUCAUGGAAAAGUGAUUACAAGCUUAGAGGAGGCAUCUCACUUGCAUAUUCGCUGUUAUCUUCACUAAAACAGUAGCCGUGGAAUAAGUUGUCAAGCAGUUACCUGAUGCCUGAAAAUCUCUUUACUUCUGUGGGAAACUUUUUGUUUUGCCAACGUGUUGAGCUGUGACACCUGGUGGGAAGUGGAGGACAGCGGUAUGAGUCAGUUUGAAAGUAUAGACAGUAACCAUCAGGUAAUUUCGAGACAGUAAAAAUGUAUUUGCUUAUGUCUGCUGGUGACUUCGCUCUGCUCUCUCUGCCUUCUUCUCAAAACAACUCUGCCAACUAUCACAGGCAGUAGACACUCUCAAUUUGAACUUAGCAAAAAAUUUAAAGAACAUGAGGUCUUUGUGUGGCGAGCAAAUAGAAAAGCAGUUAGGUUUUAACAAAGUAAGUUUGCUGAGAGUUUGAACCAAGUUCCUAACAAGGUGUUCACGAGCAAACUUUUGCACUGUGCCUGGAGGUAAGAGACGGUAAACAAGAGAUGAGGGAAUGAGGUGUAGCUGAUCUGACAGGGUCAAAGGAUGGGGAGAGGGAUUCAGGAGGCAGGAGGACUAGAAAGGAGCACGUCUCUUCUUUUCUCUUCCUCCUCAUCCUCGUCUAUUCAGAGCGCUCCUGACAGGAGGAGCUUGAUUGGUAAUGAGCCGUGAAGUCGCUCGCUUAGCCGGGACCAACAGAUUGCCACCACUUAUCGUUUAUGACGUGGCGAUUCCUCUCUCCCUCCCACCUCCAUCUCUCCAUCAUGCUUCCGUCUCUCCUCCUCUCUCUCCGCAUCCUUCUCUCCCUUUCUCUCCAGUGUUUAUGGGGAGUUUAUGAUUUAUCCAGGGCGGUGUUGAGGUCAGGGCUACCGAGAUCAAAGUAGUAUUUUACCGCUCCUGAUGUGUCAGACACCCCACUUACUCUACUCCAGCCCGGUGUGCCCUGACAUGCCAGGAGUGACUAAUCCACCUGGAGUGGCCAUGUUCACUCCACUGCACAGACACCCCAGCUGCCUCUCCCGCUUUAGUAAAUGGUGAGAUGUAACAAGAGCCCCACCUCCAGAGUGCAAUGGCAUUAGGUUAGACAGAUUUUCAAUGAGAUCAUAUAUUUCUUUCCAUUAGCCAGUGUUGUUAAAUGUAGUGAAUUGAUCGGGAGACAUAAAAGGUUGCAUCCGCAGCAAAGCUAUGGGAGUCAUAUUGACUAACAGGCAACAUGUGGCGAAAUGGCCCUUUUUAUGAUGCAGGUUCAGGGCCGAUUGUCUCCUGACUGUUAAUUUAUCCUUUUAACGAGCCACCGGAGGCCCGCUCGGGCAAAUAUUACUCCAUGGCUAUUGUACACCGCUGUCUUUGAGGCUCGGUGUGUGUACAUUUGCAUGCGUCACCAUAUCUGCAUAGCCACUGGGCGACUGUGAUGGACAAUCGUAGAGAGAACCGAAGCUCCUCUAAUCAUUGCGUUCCCUGCCCUUCCUAAUCAGCUGUCCUUGGACCCACUGGGAAUCCAAUGAAAGGGGUCUUGAUGACUGUACCUGACCUCCUGUAAAGGACCUUCUAAGAAAUGGGUUGGCUUCUGCUGCAGGUCAUAAGGGCAAAUGCAGAGUGACUCAUUCCUAAGGGCAAAGAUGACUGUGCUUGCGUUUCUUAUCGUGGCUGUUUUUUGUUUUUUUUUAACCUUGAACUACAGAUGUGAGAGAUAAACACUCACCCAGUAUCUGCACAGGGCGAGGCAGACCUUGUUUGCCUUUGUGAUGGCUGUUAACCUUCAGAGAGGUGGCGAGAGAGAGAGACAGAUGACAAAAAUAGAGACGGCGCUUCGUGUUUGAGCGCUGUCUAGCAUAUUGUAAGCCAGUGUGUUCAAUAGGAUUAUCGUCUAAUGGCCUUAGCUUAUACUUAAAUGCAACUCCUGCCAACCUGGGGUACAGUAAAUUUGCCGAACGCAGCUGAUUUCUCACACUCAAUAUGAAAAUGUAUUAUUUUUACACUUGUAUGUGUCACCAAUACAAAGAAAUAUGAGUGCAACACUUAGUUUUUGUUUUUUUUUUGGAAGGGGGGGGGGG